AUGGGGUUUGGGGCAAACUUGGCUGUUGUCUUGCUCUGCUGGGGGGUUGCUUCUUAUGACCCCUGGCAGUUUGCUCCGAGGAACUCAAUUUGGAGAACUGCCAGGCCUGUGUCCCCUGCUCCCUCCUGGCCUGAGUCUUCUCCCUGGGCUUGGGUUGAUGCUUCCCAGGUGAGAGCGUUGUCCUACUUCGCCCCUGUGGCUGUGCAGUGUGGAGAGGCCCAAGUGGUAGUAACCGUGAACAGGGACCUGUUUGGGACUGGAAGGCUCAUCCAGGCAACGGACCUCAGCCUGGGCUCCUCGGGCUGCCACUACACCUCCUAUGAUGCUGCCAGGGAUGUAGUGAUCUUCGACGUUGGGCUCCAUCAGUGUGGCAGCAUCCUGCAGGUAACUCUGUAUUAAUUACCUAUGUUGACCUAUCCUAUGCAUGCUUCUGCCUUUGUUUCCAGGCUAGUUAAAUGGCUUUGCCUGGGGUCCAGUUAAGAGGCCUAAUCCUUACCCAUCAGGUUAUUGUGACACUGGCUACUCUGGGUUCUUUGAAACUACAAUAGGUUCUGUGAAAUGCUGAGAUCCUGAAAAGUUUAAACCUGGGGGUAGGAACGUGGUGCCCUCUCAGAUGUCUUCACAUGUGAAAUGAAUCAAAUACUUCCUCCAUUCCUUGUUGCUCCUCCUCCUCUGCAUCACCUGAGGGCUAGUCCUGAGGUUUGCCCUUUUUUAAUCUUUGGAUUCAGCCAACAGCUAUUUCACUUUGUGCAGUUGCUUGUUAGCUGGUUUUGGCAUGCAAAUUUUAAAGGGAGAAUAUAAACUGCACAAGGCUUUCUAGCUACUGAAAUCUAGGUAAAGGUAAAGGGACCUCUGACUGUUAAGUCCAGUUGCGGACGACUCUGGGGUUGCGGCACUCAUCUCGCUUUAUUGGCCAAGGGAGCCGGCGUACAGCUUUCAGGUCAUGUGGCCAGCAUAACUAAGCUGCUUGUGGCGAACCAGAGCAGAGCACGGAAACGCCGUUUACCUUCCCGCCGGAGCGGUACCUAUUUAUCUACUUGCGCUUGACGUGCUUUCAAACUGCUAGGCUGGCAGGAGCAGGGACAGAGCAACAGGAGUUCACCCAGUCACUGGGAUUCGAACCACCGACCUUCUGAUCGGCAAGCCCUAGCCUCUGUGGUUUAGACCACAGCGCCACCUGCGUCCCUGAAAUCUAGAUAAAAGGACUCUAUUAUGAGACUUAGAUUAGGCUCUGUGGAUCUGUCUGAAGCAUUCUGGCCUGACAUCCUUCCCAACGGACUCCUUACACAUCCUUGGUCCAGGUGUUUGUAAACAGUAGCUGAAACAAUCUCAAAAGUCCUCUUGCACAAAAAUUCCCUCCUGCUUUCAUUUUAAUAUUUUAUACUGCAACUUCAUUUUUUAAAAAUCAAAUUGAUUUACAACAGUUGGAUAGAUACAAAGUCACAAAUCACAAGCUGACUUUUACAGAACAUUCUUAAUUUUUCUGCAUUAGCCUGGAAAGUUUUCAGCAAAUGUUUGUUUUCCAACUAGGACAUCUUCUGAAUUGCUAUUAGCAGAGCAUUUCACAGGACUGGGCCAAUGACACAAAAUGCUUGGUUUCUCCCAAGUGUUCAUUUUUCAGCAAGCCAGUUUUUUUCUAGGGAGGGAGAGGGAUUUUUAUUUGUUGCUAUUGUUGGACAUUUGGUAGUCAAACUUUCUCUAAUCCACUGCAAAGCACCUAGACAAUCUUCCUUUUAAAAAAAUAAAUAUUUCCAAAACUGAAAAAAUAAAAACUACAAACAUCAAAUUCAACAUCCAUAUUCAUUUUCUAACAUAAACCUAUUACAUAAUUAAUGAAAUUAAAAUAUACCUAAUUACUCUAAACUUCUCUUUGCUGUAUACAAAUAUAACAGUUAGAAAUUUUAUAUUAAAGCUUUUAUAUUAUAAAUAUUUCAAAUUCCCCUAUACCCCCGUUCCCCUUCACCCAUGUGUGAUCUUUUUUUCCUUCUUCCGUCUUGUUGUGUUGUUAUAAUUUAAUCAUUGUUCAGCUGAUUCUUUUAUUAUUUCCUUGCUUACCCCUGCACGUUUUACACGUUAUCUAUUAAUAUUACAGUUCCGGAACCAUAUUUUUUCAUAUAUUCCUUCACUCCCUCCCACUCUUUAAUUAUUCUGUGAUUUGAAUGGCCUCUAAUAGUUGCCGUCAUUUUUGCCAUUCUAAUAAUGACGGUACCAGCAUCUAGACAAUUUUCCUGAAGGUCCUGCACUACUUCUGCCCACCUGUGGUCUUAAAUUAUCCUUGCACUAAAAAAACACAAUGAGGCUCAAUGGGUCAUCUUGCAUUCCCUCCUCCAGAUGACUCCAGAAUCCCUGGUCUACAGCAUAAGCUUAUACUACAAACCUACUCCCAGCGCCAAUGCAGUUGUCAUACGAACCAGCCCAGCCGAAGUCCCUAUUGAAUGUCACUAUCCAAGGUGAGUUGGGGAGAUGGCGGCAAUGACAGGCACAUAGGAGCCGUUCACAAGCGCAGCAGGGCAGUGGCUCCCAAAUAUUUCUGGGCUACCACCCCCCCCAGUUCCAUAAACUCAUUCCUAGUGCCCCUACCAUACCCUAUGAAAAGCACUGUUCAGAAUAAUGGUUUGCACGACCCACUAAGGAAGAUUUUAAAAAAGGUAAAGGGACCCCUGACAUGUAGUCCAGUCACGAAUGUCUCUGGGGUUGCGGCACUUACCUCGCUUUACGGGCCGAAGGAGCCAACGUUUGUCCACAGACAGUUUUUCCAGGUCAUGUGGCCAGCAUGACUAAGCCGCUUCUGGUGAACCAGAGCAGCACACGGAAAUGCCGUUUACCUUCCCACCGGAGCAGUACCUAUUUAUCUACUUGCACUUUGACGUGCUUUUGAACUGCUAGGUUGGCAGGAGCAGGGACCGAGCAACGGGAGCGAACUGCCGACCUUCUAAUCUGCAAACCCUAGGCUCUGUGGUUUAACCCACAGCGCCACCCACGUCCCUGGUCUAAGGAAGAUAGUAAUGCAAUAAUUGUUAUGGUUCUGAUUUUGUAUUGCUCAUUUCUUCAAAAUCCGAUUACAACUCUUUCAUUAAUUCAACAAAAGUGAUGAACUUGAUCCAGUGAGACCAGCUGUACAAGGUCUAGUAGUCAUUUGCCCCUGUAGUGCCCCCCCCCCCCGGUUGUUGGCGCCCACUUUGGGAUUCACAUCUCUGGGGGCCUUUCGCCUUAUUUAUUUCUCUUUCCAGGAGAAGCAACGUGAGCAGCGACGCCAUCAAGCCAACUUGGGCUCCCUUCAGCUCGACCAUUUCCGCAGAACACAGGCUGGGCUUCUCCUUGCGCUUAAUGAACGGUACUUGAAAAUUAAGAAACAGGCCAUUAGCCCAGUGUAGGGUGGCAGCACCAGGCAGGGCCCACUGCUGAGGCAAGGGAGUUUGGGGGCAGGAGGCACUUUCACCUUUUUCCAAGCAAGCGCCAGGCAGCUGGAUCUACAGAAUCCCUGGCUGAGCAUCACUCUGUGGGAAUCAAAAGAGGGUAGCUAGACAGGGCUGCCCAGGGCUACUGGGUCCAGUGACCAUAGCCAGGCAAGCCUGCCAGCCGGGCCAAGCAGGGGCCACUAACACCGACGGAGCCCCUAAAAGCUGGCAGUGCAAUGGCCAUCUAGUCCUAACUCCCUGUUGGUUUUUAUCCGGUCACUUGUUUGUGAUGGGUUCUACCUUUUCUGCUCCUGAGGGGUGUCUGGAUCUGAGGGUGUCUAAUGUGGUUAACUGAACUGCAAGCCAUUGGCCUCUGUGAAGUGUAACUUUAUUUGGCAAUCUUUAUUUUUUACAAAAUCUUUUUCACUGUAGGCCUUCCUUUCUUCUAGACUCUCCCUCGAGACUUUGCUCCUGAAUAGCCUUGUUUUUUGCUUCACCUUACAUACUUGCCUCCUUUUCCUCUGUUCCUGGUUUUGUGUUGUUGUUUUUUUAAUGAUUUUUAUUAAGAUUUCAGUAAAAAAUUAAACAGAAAAACAUAGGAAAAAAAUACACAAAUACACAGUACAUAAUCCAAAGAAGAAUAAAAAACACAGAAAACAAAAAACAAGAAAAAGAAACAGAACAAUUAAAAACAAUAUCACCUUUUCAUUUCCGUUUUUAAAUUUACUUAUUUUCUGGACCUCCUCAUACCUCCCUCUUUUGUAUUCCAGUCCAAAUUGUUUGUCCAGCAAUUUCUUUUCCACUUUUUUAAUCCCAAUCUUUAAUCUUAAUAUAAUAUAGCAUUAAAAUUUUACCUCUUAAAUACCAAAUUUCCAUUUCCUUCAACUUCUUUAAUCCUAAUCUUUAAUCUUAGUCUAUCUAUAACUUUGAAUCCUGUACAGCUGGAAACCACUUAUUUUUAAUCCAACAUCACUCUAGCAUUCUUUAAUUUUGCAGUGUUUCUGUAGAUAAUCUUUGAAUUUCUUCCAAUCUUCCUCCACCGACUCUUCUCCCUGGUCACGGAUUCUACCAGUCAUUUCCGCCAGUUCCAUAUAGUCCAUCAGUUUCAUCUGCCAUUCCUCCAGUGUGGGAAGUUCUUGUGUCUUCCAAUACUUUGCGAUGAGUAUUCUUACUGCUGCUGUUGCAUACAUAAAGAAAGUUCUAUCCUUUUUUAUCACCGUUUGGCACCUCUGUUCCUGGUUUUGAUCAAUGCAGCUGACAUACUACCUACUUUUGUUCCUUUUUCAAUUUAAAUACAAUUCAAAUGUUGUUAAUUGAGCAAUUUUUCAUAGCUUUGAGCCUUGUUGUGCUGUAUCCUCCCCACCCCCAAAAUCAUGGGAACUGUAGGUGACUCCUCAUAGCGCUACAAUUCCCUGCACCCUUAAACUACAGUUCCCAGGAUUGGGGUGGGUGUGUGCUUUAAAUGUAAUAAAUAAAGGCCUGGGACAAGAGUUUAUCUUCUGAUAAACAAGAGUUUAAAUUUUAGGCGCAGAUGUGACCGUAAUCUUUUUAGAGCUUAGAAAUAUUUCUGUUCUAUACAGUGGUGCCUCGCAAGACGAAAAGAAUCCGUUCCGCGAGUCUCUUCGUCUUGCAGGUUUUUUCGUCUUGCGAAGCAAGCCCAUUAGCGGUUUAGCGGAUUAGCGCUACAGUAUUAGCGGCUUAGCGGGCUUAGCGGAUCAGCUGAUAAGCGGCUUAGCGGCUUGGGAAAAAGGGGGGGAAAAGGAAAAAAACCCCGCAGGAACUCGCAAGACAUUUUCGUCUUGCGAAGCAAGCCCAUAGGAAAUUCGUUUUGCGAAGCACCUCCAAAACGGAAAACCCUCUCGUCUAGCGGGUUUUCCAUCUUGCGGGGCACCACUGUACAUUGUAUUAUUAAGAAUAUAAGGAGAACCUGCUGGAUCAGGCCACGGGCCAACCUAGUCCUGCUCUCACAGUAGCCAACUAGAUGCUGGUGGGAUACUAGGGAUGAAAGACCUUCCCUUUUGUUCCUUGUGAUCCUAGGAGCAGUCAGAAGUCGCUUCAAAGAGUCAAUUGACAGCAGUAAAAUAAUCAUUUAUUUUGCCAUGACAAAAAGCUAAUGCUCAUUGCCUGCCCUGCCUGCCCUCUCUGGGCUUGCCAGCCUUUUUAUACCCUCUAGGAUGGAUGGUCAUUUGAUUUCCAAUAAAACAUGUGUUUUACAAGAAAUGCCAUAAAAAUUAGGUUUCGUUUUUCCAUAUUUGGAUCAACUUCCUCAUUUCACGUUUUCCAGUCCCUCCCUCCCUCCUGUUUCAGGAGUCGGCAUAGCAACCCGUUAUCUCUCUUUGCCUGAGCCACCUACAGCCCUCUCUCACAGCCCUGCUCUGCUAAAAGAAGAGUUUAUUUAUUGUUUUAUGGCCUUGUAGUAAUCUUGACACCUCCCUGCAAAGAGGCUCCACUGGCCUUUGUUCUGUUACAGACAUGAAUGAAGGAAGGAAGAAGCUUCAGGGAUAAAAGGCAAAAAGCAAAUAAUAAAAGGAAAUAAUAGACUACAAAAUAAUAGUCUUAUGGCCCUUCAGGGAGCUAAACAUGAGCCCAAGAGUCCUCUCUCUCCCUCCAGCAGCUGACAUUGCUGCCUCUGACUGAGGAGGCAGAGCCUAGCCAUUGCUGCUCAUCGAAGCCAUUGAUAGGCCUCUCCUCCUCCAUGAAUUUGCCUGGUCUGCCCCGCAGAGGACCUUAAGGUCCAUGAAUACCCAUAGUUUAGAUGUCCUGGGCCCUAAAGAACUCAGACUAUCCUCCACCAGGGCCUUCUCAGUGAUGGCUCCGACCUGGUGGAAUGCUCUGUCCCAUGAGACUGUGGCCCUUCAGGAUUUAACCUCCUUCCGUCGGGCCUGUAAGACAGAGCUAUUCUGCCUGGCCUUUAAUUUGAAUUCAGCCUAAUCUUUUAUUUCCCUUCUCUUCCCUCCCCCUCCCCUUUUAUGACGAUCACCCGCUCUGAGACCCCACAGCUAAUUCUCCCCUGGCCGCCUCGCUGGUCCAAGUAGGACCAAUUCACCCAGCUAGCCCUGGGGAUUACCUAAUGCUUAUUUCCCCUAAAUUGAUUUCUGAAUUUUGAAUUUUAUUGUUGUUCAUGUUUUUAUACUGUAUUUUAUGCUGCUUUUACAAUUAAGUGUUUUAAAUUUGUUGUUAGCCGCCCGGAGCCCUGUUUUUGAACUGGGAAGGGUGGGGUAUAAAUAAAAAUUUAUUAUUAUUAUUAUCCUCUUUUAAAGCCCUCCAAAUUGGUGGCCAUCACUGCCUCUUGUGGGAGGGAGUUCCGUAGUCUAACUCUUCGCUGCCAUGAUGAUGGUGCAUCCUUGGACAGGACAAACCAGUGUUGAGGUCUGUACUGGAUAUCUUUAUUUCCCUCUAGGUAAGAUUCUGCAACUCUCUUGUCUUUCAGAUGACUGGAGCGCUGAGAGAGCUUCCGGCACGUACCAGCUGGGAGACGUGAUGUACAUCCAGGCUGAAGUGAACGCAGAGAACCACCUUCCUCUGAGGCUGUUUGUCAACCACUGUGUCGCCACGCUGAGCCCAAGCAGGAACGCCACUCCCCGAUAUCCCAUCAUUGACCACAACGGGUAGGAGCUCUCUAGGGUUGUCCCUGCCAGUCACUAUGCCCUUGGGCAGGCCAGCAGCUGUGAGGGAGAAGAGACAAAGAGCAGAAAGGGGAAGCCAUGUGGGCAGAGCCAGGCCUGGAGGCUGCCAGUUCCCCACCAUUGGACUAGGGCAGCCAAGAACCUCAUGUUACAGGAAGUACAGUGGUACCUCGGGGUUACAGACGCUUCAGGUUACAUACGCUUCAGGUUACAGACUCCACUAACCCAGAAAUAGGGACACGGGUGGCGCUGUGGGUUAAACCACAGAGCCUAGGACUUGCCAAUCAGAAGGUCGGUGGUUCGAAUCCCUGCGACAGGGUGAGCUCCCAUUGCUUGGUCCCUGCUCCUAGCAGUUCGGAAGCACGUCAAAGUGCAAGUAGAUAAAUAGGUACCGCUCUGGCGGGAAGGUAAACGGCAUUUCCGUGCGCUGCUCUGGUUCACCAGAAGCAGCUUAGUCAUGCUGGCCAAAUGACCCAGAAGCUGUACGCCGGCUCCCUCGGCCAAUAAAGUGAGAUGAGCGCCGCAACCCCAGAGUCGGUCACGACUGGACCUAAUGGUCAGGGGUCCCUUUUUAACCUAGAAAUGGUACUUCAGGUUAAGAACUUUGCUUCAGGAUGAGAACAGAAAUUGUGCUCCAGUGGCACGGCGGCAGCGGGAGGCCCCAUUAGCUAAAGUGGUGCUUCAGGUUAAGAACAGUUUCAGGUUAAGAAUGGACCUCAGGAACGAAUUAAGUUCUUAACCCGAGGUACCACUGUACUGCUGACAGCUAGGGAUGGGCGGAGGGGUUGAUUCUGUUUGCAUUUAAAUGCAAAUCUGCCGAACUUGCUUUUCCUGAAGCAAGAUAUCCUUUGAGAACUUCACUAUUCUCUGAAUUUUACAGUGCAAUUAUCCAUCUCCAUGUGUAAGAAAUGCAUGUGAAGUGUGAAUAAAAAUAUAUUUGGAGGAAUUGACAUACAUAAUACCAGGAGAAAUUGCUUUGCAGAAACAUGUAUACUAAUGGAAAAUGGAUGCAAAGACAUAUAUUUAAUAGAAGAAAUUGUCACUAAAAUGCUGGCAAUUUUUCAUGAGGGUUUUAUAUAUAUAUAUAUAUUAAAAAGCUUGCAAACUGAUGGGGAAAUGUGAAUGGAACUUAAGAGUGGAAGAAAAAAACGAGGAAGAAACUGAAAUACAGAUUUGCCCUUCUCUUCUGACAGCCUUUCUUUUCCUUCCUUCCUUCCUUCCUUCCUUCCUUCCUUCCUUCCUUCCUUCCUUCCCCUUUCCUUGUGUUUUAGCUGCCUUGUUGAUGGGAGGUCAGAUUCCAGCUCCGCCUUUGUGUCUCCAAGGCUGAAGGAGGAUUUGCUCCAGUUCACGGUGGACGUUUUCAGAUUUACAGGACAUCCUCAAGAGCUGGUGAGAAGCCUUGUCUUGCACAGCCUUUCUUGAGCUGAAACCUAGAAUGUCUAAUGGAGUUUUCUUUUGUCUACUUGGCUUCUCCAGAUCUACAUCACUUGCCACCUGAAAGUGACUGCAGCCAGCCAGGCCCCUGAUCCUGAAAACAAGGCUUGCUCCUUCAACCAAGCUAAUAACAUGUGAGUGAGCCAGCAUGGACUCCCCUUCAUUGGUGGUUUUUAAACAGAGGUUGGGUGGCCACCGGUCAGGGAUGUUUCAGCUGUGAUUCGUGCAGGGGCUUUGACUAGAUGAACCGUCCAAUUCUACAGUUCUAUGAUUCUAUGUUAAUAGCCCUAGCCAAGCCUGCCAAUGAAGGGGACGCGGGUAGCAGUGUGGUGUAAACCACUGAGCCUAUUGAGCUUGCCGAUCAGAAGGUUGGCGGUUCGAAUCCCCGCGACGGGGUGAGCUCCCGUUGCUCGGUCCCUGCUCCUGCCAACCUAGCAGUUCAAAAGCACGUCAAAGUGCAAGUAGAUAAAUAGGUACCACUCCAGCAGGAAGGUAAACGGCGUUUCCCAGCGCUGCUCUGGUUCGCCAGAAGCGGCUUAGUCAUGCUGGCCACAUGACCCAGAAGCUGUACGCCAGCUCCCUUAACCAGUAAAGCGAGAUGAGCGCCACAACCCCAGAGUCGGCCACGACUGGACCUAAUGGUCAGGGGUCCCUUUACUUUACCUUUAAGCCUGCCAAUGACCUUUCUACAGGACUAAAUAGUUGGCUGUCAAAGAAACAACUAGCUAGUGAUGUUUCCAGAAGCUUCCCUCCAACCCACCCAACCCGGCAGUAACAUCAUUUAAAAAAUUUCAUUCCAUUUAUUUUCCAUGCCAUUUUUCACUCAAGUCUCAAAGCAGCUUACAUUACAGCACUCAUAAUCUCACUAUCCAGAGAUUGUGGUGUGGCGUCUAACAAAAUUAUGUCGAGUAUUUGAGCUUGUUGCCCAAGCAAACCAAUUCUGCAGGUAAUAUAGGCCUUUCUCUUCCUUUUCCCCAUCCCUCCAGGUGGAUUCCGGUUGAGGGUACCCAGGGGAUCUGCACCUGCUGUGAGACUGGGCACUGUGGUGUCACUGGAGGGCAGCCGAGGAGGCUCAACCCCUGGGAUAGGUGGGCAAGAGGAAGGAGAUCUGGCAGAGAUGUAUCCACAAAGCAUGGUGCGUUCCAUUCAUGUUGGUGGGGAAGCCAAUCUGUUCUGUGCAGGGGUCUCCAAAAUGAGAGGGGUGAGGCUGACCUACUGAUGGGUAAGUUUAACCUUGCUCAAAAUGCAGGUCAGCUGGUGAAGGAACUAGAGACUGACGUGAUGAUUGGCCCUAUUUUCGUCCGUGAUGCAUACAUGGGCUCAAGGAGUCUUUCGGCCCAGCAAAGUGAAACAACGGAAUCUCCAGAAGAACACGGUAGUACCUCCUCCUCCUCCUCCUUUUUAGUAGUAGCAAAUAUUUCAAGAAUGCAGGUCAGGGUAGAGUGAGAAUUUGAUUCAGGAAUCUAGCUACCAAAUUAAAAUAAAAUUCUGGGGCCAGUGAUAGUAACAUGUGAUUAGUUAGGGAUGGCUUCUUUUUGCACUGAAAGGUUAGUACCUGGAUAGCUUGUCUGGAAACAAGGAAUUGGGUCACAACAUGGGAAUAAGUGACUCUCCAGACUGUGUUUUGGGGGGUGCAUUCUAGGCAAAAGCAUUCAGGGUGAGGUUUUGGGGCUUUGAGCUGGAGGGUCUCUCCUCCUCCUGGCUUAAUCCUUCUCCCCCAUCAUCCCACAUAAACCUGCUAUGCUUAGAACUUCCAGGGACUUCCUUUAGGAAGAGACUACUGGAGGCUCGCGGGUGUUUGUGUUUUAUUUACAAAAAAUGCAAGUUGGAUAUAAGUACAAUGGUACCUUGGGUUAAGUACUUAAUUCGUUCUGGAGGUCCAUUCUUAACCUGGAACUGUUCUUAACCUGAAGCACCACUUUAGCUAGUGGGGCCUCCCACUGCUGCUGCACCGCCGGAGCACAAUUUCUGUUCUCAUCCUGAAGCAAAGUUCUUAACCCGAGGUAAUAUUUCUGGGUUAGCGAAGUCUGUAACCUGAAGCGUAUGUAACCCGAGGUACCACUGUAGAGAGAACCAAGAGCCCAUUCCUUUCACAUCAGAUCUUUUACAGAGAGGGCUUUACAGCGCUCUAAGAUGCUUACUGCAAGUCUAACACUGACCAAAAAUGUAAGUUAGAUUGCAGCAUGAAGCCCUCCAGGUUUACUUGGAGGCAAGUUCCCUAAAUCAAUACAGUGGUACCUCGGGUUACAGACGCUUCAGGUUACAGACUCCACUAACCCAGAAGUAGUACCUCGGGUUAAGAACUUUGCUUCAGGAUGAGAACAGAAAUUGUGCUCAGGCGGCGCAGCGACAGCAGGAGGCCCCAUUAGCUUAAAGUGGUACCUCAGGUUCAGAACAGUUUCAGGUUAAGAAUGGACCUCCAGAAUGAAUUAAGUUCUUCACCCGAGGUACCACUGUAGUAAAAGAGCUUGCAGCCUUAUGACAGAUUUGAUGUAAGCUGAACUUGUUCUCUCUCUCUCCCUCUCUCUCCCCACCCCCCCAUUUGCAGGAUUCCUCUCAGCGCCUGGGCUGCUGGCUGGACUCAUCUUGAUGUCUCUGGCUCUGCUUCUUGCUCUGAUUACUUUUGGGGUCCCUCUGCUCAAAAAGUGCCCGGGGUCCCAUUAA